AUUUACUCUACUCUUGUCGAACCUGCAGGGGGAAUUGAUUCAAUCAAUUCGAUCAGGGGAACGCCGCCAACUUUAGUAAGAGUCGAGUUGACGCCCGUUGGGCUUGUAAGUGACUGUAAACCCAGUGGUUCAUCACUUGUGUUUGGGAACUUUCUCACUCGUGAGACAGUUCCCAGGCUCCCAGCGGGCGGUGCUCAACAAUUGAGGGAGCUUUACAGGGUUUUGAUGGCAUUUGAAUCUGAACAGUAUGCCAGGGAGGCAGAGCUGGAGACUAAUAUGAUUCAGCCUUCAUGGCCUAGCCAAGUCUCUCAUC